AUGGCAACUCCGGACCUCAACUCUUCAACUUCAUCCAUAUCUCCUUCAUGCGAUGACAUCUUGAUCUCGCUCCGAUCGCAGUUGAAUCUGUCGCCUUUCUCGAUUGACUAUGAUAUCCAGUUCAAAGGAAACAUGUCCAUUGUUGCGUUAGAAGACCCUGCUGUCAGGGCUAUCGGCUCAACUUCUGCUCUCCCUGACUCUUCUUCUGUGGUCAAAGAGCUUCUUGAUAACGCUCUGGACGCCGGAGCUACAUCUAUCUUCAUUGAAAUCUCCCUUAAUACUCUUGAUAUUAUCCAAGUGAAGGACAAUGGGUCUGGAAUACUGCCCAGUGAUCGUUCACUUGCGUGCAAGCAGAACUAUACCAGCAAAAUUCAAACAAAGGAAGAUCUCAAGAACGUCGGCGGCAGAUCUCUAGGAUUUCGUGGUCAAGCUCUAGCCAGCAUUGCUGAAAUGAGCGAUGCCAUGUAUAUCACGACUCGCGUUCCGGAGGAGCAAGUUGCAAGGACAGUUAAAUUUGGCCGUGAUGGAGAGCCCAUAAGGUAG